GCAAGCCCCACGGAUGCCCCGCGCAUGAAAGGCCACAAAAAAAAAACGCCUCGAAGACUCGCGUACGUUAAACAGUAGUCAGUUACAUCCAGCCAACACAACUCGCGGUUUUGAUCAGUGUGCAGCCAGCCGGUUUGUUUACGCUUUUUUUUGCAAGUGCUUUUGAGUGUCGAGACACAGGUCAACAAGUCCUGCGGCAGGGAUUACAGGUCCAGUCACGACUGGCCAAAGGACCCCCCGAUUUCAGCAGCCAUGGCCCAAACAGAGGCCAAGACCACGUGCACGCGGCGCCGCCGCCAGUUUUUGUCUAAUGGCCAAAAUCGGCAGCAGCAACAACAAUAUUAGCGGUUUCCUUAAAAAAACCAAAUAGUGCUUUUAAACAUUCCCAAUUGUGUAUUUAAAUCGGCUUGGAUCGCGUAUCGUUAAGCGGGGAGUGAGGCAUUGACUGAACAGAUCAAGCGAUAGUGACUUAACUGCGGCAUUAUCCUUGUGAUCCUUGUACAUGGGCAACAGUUGUCAGAUCCUUUAAAGUUAAAGGCCAAGCAUCAGAUUAAAUCACUACAGCUUUUGAAGAACUCAUCAACGCUUCCUUCAGCAUCCGGCGCGGCAGGCUGUCUCACUUCCACAUCCGCAUUCUGCACAAAAAAAGGGAGUGAAAAAGAAAAGCAGCUCGUAAAAGGGCGCUACAACAAUAACAACAUUUUAUGACGGCCCCAUAAUAACAUCGAAAGCCCCGCCCACCUACAUAUUAGCAGGGAAAAGGGGAUGCAAAUUACGUGGCACAUGAAGCGUCAAAGCGUUUGAUUUGAUUGUCAGCGGCAGAGAAGGAAAGCGCUUACCGGCGGAGUUUACACCUCCGCCGACUGACUGCACGGCAGAUUGCUCUCGAGCGGCUUGAUUGAUUGACUGACUGACAGAUUGGCCGCAGGUGAAAGGUCGAAGGUCAGCAGCAGCAGCAGCAGCACAAUGAACAAGAAGUCGCCACUGCCGCUGGCGGCUUUUCUCGGCAGCGACGGCAGCGGCGGCAGCGGAAACUGUGCCGCCAGCGGCAGCAGCAAUGUGGCAGCCACUGCAGCAGCGGCGGCGGCAGCGGCGGCAGCAGCGAACGGUUCCGGUGGACGCGGCGGUCGCCAGUCGUCGGCGGGCGGUUCGUCGGGCGGCGGUGGCGCCUCCAAGUCGGAUAAACGGGAGGCGGGCGGCGGGGGCGGCAGUCUGUGCGGCUGUCAAAAGGCGCCCAAGUCGCACUGCAUAUCGGCAACAGGCGUGCUUCUUCUGGUGCUGCUCUACACCGCCAUGGGCUCCAUUGUCUUCGUGACCCUCGAGGGCGAACUGGAGGACGGGGGCACCCUAGAAACCGCAGUGGCCGCCUCCAAGCCCUAUCCCCGCACCGAACUAGCCAACGCCGAGAUACGCUCCAGGACGGUGGAUCGCUUGUGGUCGAUAACGGAGGACCUGAACAUACUGUACAAGGAGAACUGGACCCGCCUCGCCGCCCAGGAGGUGCAGCUGUUCCAGGACACCUUGCUGCGAGCGGUGCGCCAGUCUAAGGUUUAUCCCCCCGGCGGCAUUCAGCUGAAUGCACCGACACACAAAUGGACCUACGCCUCGGCCUUUCUGUACUCCCUGACAUUAAUUACGACGAUAGGCUACGGCGGCAUUUCACCCCGGACGCAGUGGGGUCGUGUGGCGGCCCUGGUCUACGCCCUGUUCGGGAUACCCAUCGUGCUGCUCUACCUGUCCGCCAUGGGCGAGGCCCUCUCGGCGGGCAUGCGCUGCCUGUUCCGGCGCCAGCGGGUCAAGGGCGGUCCUGGUGGCGGAUCCUCCGGCGGCGGCGGCGCCUCCGGGGGCGUGGGCUCUGGAGUGGGCGGCGUCGGCGGCGGUGGCGGACGGAAGACGGACAAGGGCAAGGGCCAGGGGCACUAUGGCCACCAGAAGUUGCACCAGUACGGAUUGCCGCCCUCGGUUUACCAGCAGCAACAGCAGCAGCAGGCGCAACAGCAGCAGGCGCAGCAACAGGCGCAACAGCAGGCGCAACAACAGCAAUCGCAACAGCAGCAGUCGCAGCAGGGCAAGAAAUCCUCGGGCAAUCGCCGCGGUUCACCCAGUGUGCCCAUCUCCAUUUGCGUGUGCGUCCUUCUCUGCUACGUGAGCAGCGGUGCCAUACUGUUCCACAAGCUGCAAAACUGGAGUGUCCUCGAAUCCCUGUACUUCUGCUUCACCUCGCUGGGCACCAUUGGAUUCGGCGAGAUGGCGCCCAGCGGCUCGGUGGCCCUAUACACGGCCUCCGCCUACAUUCUGGUGGGCAUGGCCGUGGUGGCCAUGUGCUUCAGCCUCAUCCAGACGGAGAUCGUUCUGUGGCUGCGCCGCUUCAGUGUGCAGGAUCAUGUGAUGCCCAAGGCCGAGGAGCUGGCCCUCGUCACCGUGGCGGUAACGCCCAAGCCCUCCUGACAGCGACCCAGUGCGGAUCCCAACGUGGGUGUGGGCGUGGGACUGGGAUUGGGCCUGGCACAGCCGCAGAAUAAUCUUGGCCAGCAUCAGACCAUGUUCUUUGGCCCAGCCCACACGCUCACGCAGUACAGCUCGCUGCCCCGCAGGAGUCACCUGCAUGGUGCUGGUGCGGCCACCAAUUCCGGCGGAUCCGCCUUCCAGCGGAACACACCCAUCCGGCGAUCGACGGGCAUACCCGAACACCAUCUGGAGUACUUUGUGCCGCGCAGCAUCAGUGAGUUUAAUCUGUCCGGAGUCGGUGAUCUCGCCCUGCCGCCACCCCGUCGUUACUCACCCAACAUGGGUGUGGGUGGCAUGAACAUGGGCAUGGGCACGGGCAUGGGCAUGGGCAUGAAUAUGGGCAUGAACAUGGGCAUGGGACUGCCCCAUGGCCUGCAAUUGGGUCCACCCCAGACGCUCCUCUGCUCGGCCACGCCCACUGUGCAGCAGCCGCCUCCGGCACCCGCCCAGCUGCAGAUAGUGACCCUAAAGCCGCGCAGCGAGAAGAUGGUGACCUUCGAGGAUGAGUCCAAGCAGGCAGGAGGAACUUCCGCUUCCGGUUCCGGCACACCACCGCAUUGCCCGCAUGGAGUGCCGACCACACCGCGAAAAUCGCCAGCCGUGGGCGAUAUAUUCAUGUGACCCCAAGGACCCCAGGACGAGGCUGCCCAGCUGGAUGCGGCAAUGCGGCUGCGCGACAGCAUCGAUGAUGCACUGUGUCCCAAGGCUGGACCGGCGCCAGGUGAAGUGAUACGUGUCUAAGGAGCCAAAGCAAACAGAACACCCCCCCCCCCACACACACACACACACGCACAC